AUUGUGUUAAAUAAUGUUCCAAAAGGCUGCCUUUUAGUCAUUUAGCCUUAUGACCCUCAAACACAGAAUAUUUGCUUUUCAGAGGUGAAAACAUAUUACAUAUAUUUGAAAUUACCCUAAUAAUCUCUUAACUCUAGACUAAGAUGUCUGGCCGUGGGAAGAAAGCUGUGCCCAAACCAAAGUCUUCAGUGUCCCGGUCUUCCAGAGCAGGGCUCGCUUUCCCAGUGGGCCGCAUCCACAGGCUGCUGAAGAAAGGUCAUUAUGCCCGCCGAGUUGGCAACGGUGCUGCAGUGUACUUCACAGCUGUCCUUGAGUAUCUCUGUGCUGAAAUCCUGGAGCUGGCAGGAAACGCCAGCCAUGACAACAAGAGGCACCGCAUUGCUCCUCGCCACAUCUUGUUAGCGGUGAAAAAUGACGAAGAGCUCAACAAACUGCUGGCAGGGGUCACGAUCUCGGAGGGUGGUGUUAUCCCAAAUAUCCAGGCAACCCUUCUCCCCAAGAAGUCAAAGAUGCCCAAGGAUGACCAUUCAGCUGAAGGUGUUCAGUCUCAAGAGUUUUAAUGUAAACUUAUCAAGAGUUUAAUUGUAUAUGUCCAAGUUCCAAUUACAAAUUAAAAUGUUUUAAAGUAU